AACAGCUUCCCGGCACUUCUAAGAUAGCUAUUAAAAAACCAAAACAUAUUUGUCGUUGGUCAUUUUUAAAUCUAAUUGCGUCGCGCAAUUUGAUUAGGUCGCAAACUAGAAAACGUUAAUUGCGUGAAAUUGAAACAAUUAAUCAGGAAUUGCAGACAGCCAAGCCUUGCGAGACAAGGACAGCGAUGGUGGAAACUUGCGAAUUAAAGAAAGACAGCCCAAACUGACUGGCGUAACGAAAUCGAAUUCAAUCUACUUUAAUUAAUUUUUCCGCGUCGAUGUGCGGCAGAAACGAUUUAUAUCUUCCUCGAAUAAAUUGUUUCUGCAGCGAAAUUAUAGACCUAAAAAAACAUUUCCAUCGAAUUGUUUCGCAUCAAUCUUUGUUCUGAAAAAUAUUAGCCUUUAAAUAAUUAUUCCAAGUUUAAGGUAAUUAAAAUUUCAUAACCUAAAAAUUAAUGGAUCAUUUCAAACUCGUAACAAUUAUCAAGCAAUAUCCUCCAAUAUGGGAUAGAAAUCAUUCAUAUUUUCGUGAUAAGGGUACAAAAGAAAAGGCUUGGGAAGAAGUUUCUACGAAAAUGAACCUAGCAACUGAACAUUGUAAGGAUGCCUUUAAAUCGAUCAGAGAGAAAUAUGUGCGAGAAAGGGAAAAAGCCCACCACCACGGUGAUUUAUACAAAGAAUGGGAUCUGUUAAAGGAAUUAAAAUUUCUUGAUCCCUACAUAAUACCGAGAUCGUCCAUUUGUAACAGUGAAGAUGACCUCUCUGUAAACUCUGACACUGAUCCCACUGAUUUUGAUAAGCACUUGAUCCAUUUAGUCAUGAAGGCUACCCCGAUUUGGGACAGGAAUUCUAAUACUUACCCUAAUAAAAACAUGAAGAAUCAGCAUUGGGAAUCCAUAGCGACAGCUUUAAGUAGAGAUAUUAAUUCUUGCAUGCUCAGAUGGAAAGCCUUAAGGGAAAAGUACAUUAGGCAGAAAAUUAAGUUUCAAGAAGGAGAGGCCAAAUGGGAGUUACUGGAUGAUAUGAGUUUUCUCGAUAAAGUGAUCCAGUACAGAAGAAAACAAACAGAUUUUUGUUUGAAACUAAAUUUAGGAGCAAAUUCUCACAGGGUUGAGCACUAUCACAAUCAUCUACAGAAAAAUUCAUCACAAGAAAGUAGCCAUUCCCGUAUAAAUAAUAAAUAUGAUGAUGAAAAUAUUUAUACUGAUUCGUCAAAUGAUUAUGCUGGCAUAAAAGAGGAAGCUGCAGUUCAGCAAGUUGCUGAUAGUUCUUAUAACGAUACUUCCUAUUACAAAAGGCAAAGGUCGAACAGUAUAAAUAGUGAACCACUCCCAGAGAAAAGGUACAAAAGCGAAGAAACUUACUGUUCUUUAAGAAUGUUUGAUAAGAAUUCUGCUAAUGCAACACAGAAAACUGCCGAGCAACUUUUUGGUGAUUUAGUUGCCAGUUUGUUAAGCAAGAAACCGGAAAGAGAGAGGAAUCUGUACAUGAUCGAAAUAAUGACUGUUCUAGCAAAAAGAUAAGAAAAACAUGCCUCAAUAUUAUUCAUCAAUUUUAUAUUUUAAUAGUUAUUAUUCAUGCCCAGGUUCUAGAAAAUUUUAUACUUUUUUUUUGCCUCCAGAUUAUUUAUUUGGUUUGCGCUAUAUAAAUACAGUUGCUUUAUUCCAGAAAUUAUACCUCAAAAUUUUAUUGUAAUACUGUGAAAAUAAAUUAAAAUAUUUAUUAUUA